GAUACUUGGAUCUUCUUCAGUGAGCUCCGGCUCCGGAAACUCUAUAAACAGUCGUUGAAUGAGCAUUCUAGUGAUAACGCCUGGGUAUUUGGUGUGCAACAAACGACUAAAACGACACAGAUGAGAGGCGCCACACCAAUAAACCCUCAGAAGAUAGAAGCUGAUGCGAGUUCCGUCAAAGAAUCAGAUUACUACGAAGGCGAAAGUCUAACUCAUCUCCUCGGCUUGAUUCAGAGAGGAAUCGAGACGUCGAAGCUUUCGAAUGUGAAGUCAUUACCUGAGAAGAUGUGGCUUAAGCAACAAAUAGCGAUUGGGAUAAACGAAGUCACGCGUGUUCUUGAGAGGAUGAAACCAAACACUGUUGACCAUCAACAAAAACUUAGGCAGCCUCCGGUUCAACUUCAGGUAGUGAUAGUAGUAGCAGAUUGUAAACCGAGGAUGCUAACCAAGCAUAUCCCGAACUUAGCUGCUUCAAGGAACGUUCCGGUUCUCUAUAUCAGAGACAACAAACGAGCCUCUCUCAGAUUAGGAGAGUUGGUUAAGCUCAAGACUGCUCUAGCCAUUGGCGUCAAGGCCAGAGCAAACGAUCUCAACCUGAUACUCUCACAGAUUCUUCCAAGAGACUCUUGA